AUCGGGGAAGCGCAGUUUCUAAGAUGGCGUGGCAGCCGGAGGAAAACGGGCUUCGUCAAAUUCUACAAUUAUUACGAGAAUCACAGUCUCCCGACACUGCCACGCAAAGGAUCGUUCAACAAAAACUGGAAGAGCUGAACAAAUAUCCCGAUUUCAACAACUACUUGAUUUUCGUUCUCACAAAACUGACAUCAGAAGAUGAGCCUACUAGGAGCUUAAGUGGUUUGAUUUUGAAAAAUAAUGUGCGGGCACAUUAUGAGAAAUUUCCUGAAGAAGUGACAAACUUUAUUAAGUCAGAAUGUCUCAACAGUAUAGGCGAUACUUCACCCCUGAUUCGGGCCACCAUCGGAAUCCUCAUUACGACAGUGGUGGCCAAGGCAGGGUUACACAACUGGCAGGAACUUCUCCCACGUCUCUGUCAGUACCUUGACUCGGAGGAUUACAAUGUCUGCGAGGGCGCCUUCGGAGCAAUGCAGAAAAUCUGUGAAGAUUCCGCAGAGGCCCUAGACAGUGAUGUUGUGAACCGACCCCUCAAUAUACUCAUCCCAAAAUUCCUGCAGUUCUUCAAACAUAACAGCCCAAAAAUCCGAUCCCAUUCAAUAGCUUGUGUGAAUCAGUUCAUAAUGUGCAAGACUCAAGCGCUCAUGAUGCAUAUAGAUGCAUUUAUACAGAAUCUGUUUUACCUGGCGGAGGACACUGACCCUGAAGUGAGGAAGAAUGUUUGCCGUGCUUUGGUGAUGCUGGUUGAGGUCCGGAUGGAUAGGUUGAUUCCACAGAUCAACAAUAUUAUACAGUACAUGUUGUUGAGGACUCAGGAUGCAGAUGAUGGUGUGUCAUUAGAGGCCUGUGAGUUUUGGCUUUCCCUGGCUGAACAACCCAUCUGUAAAGAAGUUCUCACAAGUCACAUUGAGAGGCUUGUGCCCAUCCUUGUAAAGGGCAUGAAGUACUCUGAGAUAGACAUCAUUCUCUUGAAGGGUGAUAUUGAAGAGGAUGAUAUGAUACCAGAUAAAGAAUCUGAUAUCAAGCCACGGUUCCACAAAUCUAAAACUCACAGUCAGAAGCACCAGGAUGGAGAAGAUGUUAAUAAUGAUGGUGAUUGCUCUGACGAUGGGUAUGAUGAUGAUGAUGACAGUUUGUCCGACUGGAACCUCAGAAAGUGCUCUGCUGCUGCUCUGGAUGUUUUGGCCAAUGUAUUUAGGGACGAUUUGCUCCCUAUUCUGCUGCCCAUUCUCAAGGAAACCCUGUUUCACUCAGACUGGGAGAUUAAGGAGUCGGGUAUACUUGUUUUGGGAGCUAUUGCUGAAGGUUGUAUGAAUGGAAUGAUUCCUCACUUGCCGGAGCUCAUCCCAUACCUUAUCAGCUGCCUGUCUGACAAGAAGGCCCUUGUUCGUUCUAUCACCUGCUGGACACUCAGUCGUUAUGCUCACUGGGUGGUUGGCCAGCCACACCUUCUCUACCUCAAACCCCUUAUGACAGAGCUGUUAAAACGUGUGCUUGAUGGGAACAAGCGUGUGCAAGAGGCAGCUUGCUCUGCGUUUGCAACCCUGGAGGAAGAAGCGUGUACAGAACUUGUCCCUUAUCUGAGCUUUAUACUCGAGACACUUGUCUAUGCUUUCAGCAAAUAUCAGCACAAGAAUUUGCUCAUACUCUAUGAUGCAAUUGGAACUCUGGCAGACUCUGUUGGUCACCAUCUCAAUAAACCUGAAUAUGUAAACAUGCUAAUGCCACCACUGAUACAAAAAUGGAAUGUGUUAAAAGAUGAGGACAAAGACUUGUUCCCACUCCUAGAGUGUUUAUCCAGUGUGGCUACUGCUCUUCAGAAUGGUUUCCUGCCAUAUUGCGAACCGGUUUAUCAGCGCUGUGUUUCUUUAGUGGAACAAACUUUGCACCAGAAUUUUGCAAGCCUGACCCAUCCCGAUCAGUUCGACCCUCCAGAUAAGGAUUUCAUGAUUGUGGCACUGGACUUGCUGAGCGGACUGGCAGAGGGGUUGGAACAGCACAUCGAGGGACUUGUGGCUAACAGUAAUAUUCUCAAACUGCUCUUCCAGUGUAUGCAGCCUUGCGUUGAACAGGAUCCGAUGCCUGAGGUGAGACAAAGUUCAUUCGCUUUACUCGGAGAUUUAACAAAGGCCUGUUUUCAACACGUUAAACCUUGUAUUGGUGAUUUCAUGCCAAUACUUGGAGCUAACCUGAAUCCGGAGUUCAUAUCUGUGUGUAAUAAUGCUACUUGGGCAAUUGGGGAAAUUGCCAUGCAGAUGGGUGCAGACAUGCGGCCAUAUGUAAACCUGGUACUUAGUCCACUCAUAGAUAUCAUCAACCGCUCAAAUACCCCUAAAACACUGCUGGAGAAUACAGCCAUAACAAUUGGCCGCCUUGGCUUAGUCUGUCCACAGGAGGUGGCCCCUAUGUUACAGCAGUUUAUCAGACAGUGGUGCACCUCACUGCGGAAUAUCCGUGACAACGAGGAAAAGGACUCCGCCUUUCGUGGUGUCUGCAAUAUGAUCAGUGUAAAUCCCGGAGGUGUAGUCCAUGAUUUUAUCUUUUUCUGUGAUGCUGUGGCUUCCUGGAUGCAUCCAAAGGAAGACCUCAAGGAAAUGUUCCAAAGAAUCCUCCACGGAUUCAAAGCCCAGGUGGGUGAUGAAAGUUGGCAGAAGUUCUCUGACCAGUUUCCCCAGCCAUUGAGGGAAAGGCUUGCUGUCCACUACGGGGUGUGAGCUUAACCUGGCCUGGUAUGGGGGCAAAGGGAUCUAAGCUGACGUGCGAGUAGUCUCCACUGUCGAGCUUCACACCGGGCCAGGCGGGAUUGGCGGUGGGGGAGGGGACUCGGCUGAAGCGGCACCCCUCAGGGCUGAGGCAUCACCCAGGGGUUACGUGGAACUGACAGCCUGAACUUAAAGGGGCAGGGUUUUUUAGCCUAAACCAUUGGCAGCCCAUAGCACAGGGUGGGCUGGCCAUAUAGCGUACACACAAGCUGAGGCUUGUUUCAUCGCGGAAAUGGGUGGGAGGUGACAUCGGGUGGGAGCCUAAUUAACUUGUUUAGACCCAUUGUGUGCAUGACAGUUAAUGCAUGUAUCCGUGUCCACCCUUAUCAAUAAUGGUCCCAAAAGCAUUUUCUCCUCUCGAGGGAUUGUUAGAGUAUAUAUUAAUCAUCAUGACAAGGGGAUUCAGCACUUAUAUGCUCGCUUAGGGAGUCAUCGACCUAGCCCAGAAGUCGGCAUUGUUGCAAAAAUCUUGACAACGCCAGGGCCAUUUUCUCAGACACCCCUUAACACCUAGGUGUCCUUGAUGAGGGUCGUGACAUUCCCUAUACAGGGGUUGUAGCUUGGGGGUGUGGUUGGUUGGGCACUGGCACCCUAUCUAGUGGGUUGGGCAGGGUAAUCUCUGUCAGUGAAUUUUAGUGUAAGGAAUCAUGAUCUACUAGGGAGCUAUAUGCUCUUAAUUUUUAGCCCAGUACAUAAAAUGUUGUCAUCUUGCGUCAUCCUUCCAAGUAUUGUCCAUGUCUACAGCUGCCUAUUUAAUACCCAUAUGGAUAUCUAGACCAGUUGUAAUUUUUGCUCUUGGGCACAAUGUGGGUAACUCAAUAACAAUACCACAUGGAGUGCAUCUUGAGUAUAUCUCAAGUGAGAUGUCUUUCUCAAGAGGCAGAAUAAUAUAGUGUUAUGUAUAAUGAAGUCCGUGAGACCAGAUUGUGGAAAGCAGCCAACAGCUAUUUGUCCACUCCAGUGGAAACUCCAGAGUGUGAAACUUUCGUGUGAGCUACAUUUUUCAAUGCCUUAAAGUGCUGCUUUGAAAUUGAAACGAGUCAUCAGCUGAAGCUGGUUAAAAAGGACAACUGAGUGAUCCUGUUAUUCUGAGAAGACAAUGCUAUUUCUCAGGAAAUCCAGAGGCGAGGAACACAACUGUUUCCCAAGGUCAUCCUUUCAACAGGAAUACAGACUACAAAUGGAUCUUUGAGCUUCAAGUCCUUCGGUGACAGAAGACUGCAUUUGAUGUGUUUGUGUGAUUACAAGGAACCAAAGUCACAAAUGUGUCCUUCAUACUAGUUAUCCUAGUUUUAAAUGUAGGUCAGUUUGCAGGAAAACUGAUUUCAUGCAUGCACUAAGCGCUCAUCAACGAUUUAUGGGACUGGUGAACAACGAACAAUUACAUGUCCACAACUUAAGUUAACAGAGGAAAGAACCUUUAAACAGUGAUUAAGGGAUUCCAAUGGAGUGAGAGUAUAUGUGGAUUAAGACUUUGAUUCGGUGAAUUUUAUCAAUAUAAUUUACAAUAUGGUGUAAAGGAGGGUAAGGAUUCCAGAAGAGAUUGUCCGUAGAUGUGUCCAAACGUGAGAUUGGUGGCUUGUGGCAUUCAUGCUACUUCCGGUGGACUGUUUCCGGGUUACGCCUGGACGCUGAUUAAUCUACGUGUACAUUGCAGUAGUGGCAGCUCUUUUAUUAAGCGUACAUUGCCAUCAGCCUGUUAUUUUAUUAGAAUUAUUUUGAUGUAUUUAUUGUUAUCUAAUUUUUCUUUUCUUUCUUUGUUUUUUUUUUUUUCACUUUCUCUCUGUGCUUGUGUCUUGCGUUUGUAACUCUCCUUGAUAUGUAGGCUAUUUAAGAUGGGCAAGACUUUACAUAUUACGCAAUUCUAAGAAACAGUCGUCUCUAGCACUGUACUGGAGAUAGGGAUAUUAAAUUACAGCCUAGUGUUAUAGUGGGAGAACCAAAAUAAAUUUUGGGGAAUGACUAUGAGAAAAGAAUACCGUUAACAGGUUACGGCCUGCCUUCUUCAGACCUUUACAACAGGAUGUGGCAGCCUUUAGUAUGUCUAUAUAUGUAUAGUUUGACCCCUUUUAUUGUGAUGUUAAAAAAAAAACUGCAGCUCUAGAUACUUGUGCUAUUUUCUCUUAAGGGACUAAAUCAAUGUAGAUACUUAAUUGCAAAUCAAAACAUAAGGCUGGAUCGUAUGAAGAUGCAUAUAGACGAGGAACUCCAUUUCAACCAUGUAAUGUAUGUGCCUUGCGUUGAUCGUAGGUUGUGUUACUCUGUCCAUUGGUGUGCGUGGUAAGGUACUUUCUGUUAGCCUUAUUCUCCAUGUGUCCAUGUACCUCACGAACACAUAGCUCAACGGAUAGCGUCCGUCUACAUUACCACAUGUUAUCCGGCUCUUCGGAAGCUCAAUGUUAUAGUCUGUGUUAGUGAAAUGGAUGGGUAUGAGUGUAUAAUCGUGGCGUGGGUGCGGGAUUGGGUGUAGACGUGUACGUUAAGAUG